AUGACGAGUGUAAUCAACUUCAGGUUCAAGAAUGCCUUGCAGCAGGACUCCGUGAGUUUCGAUGGCUCCGUCAUCCAGGUGGGGGACAUCAAGCGCCUGAUCGCUGUCAAGCGCGGCUUGGGCCCGGAGGGCGCCCAGGAGCUCACCCUCUACGAUUCGAGCACCUCCGAGGAGCUGACGGACGAGGCGAAACUCAUCCCCCGCUCCUCACUGGUGCUGGUGAAGCGGGCCCCCAUCACCAGCUUCAAGCCGUUGAGCGCCGCCACAGCGCCAGCGUCCACCCCUGUCGCUGGGCAGUCCCUGCCCACCGACCACGCCGUCGACGCCGACGGGGCCGCGGAUGAGUUUGGCGGGGACCUGUACUCCGACGUCCCUCCCACUGGUAAUGGCGAGGAGGAGGCCGCACUGCAGAGCCUGCUGGCCGGCACAGCCGCCACCUGGCAGCGUGAGUUCCACUGGGGUCGAUUGCGGUGUGAGGUGGCCGGGGCCCACUGGGUGCAGAACUGCCCCACCCAGGGCGACCCGGCAUUCGACCGCAAGCGGGUGCGCCCGCCCAUCGGCAUCCCCCUCACGCGGCUGGAGGAAAGGGAGGAAGGCAGCCUGGUGCUGCCCAACGGCGCCACGGGGACGCUGGUGCCCAACGAGGACGCUUUUGCGCGGGAGGUGCUGGGCUUGCCCACCGCGACGGAGCCCGGCGCAGACCUGCUAGCGCUGGGCGUCGGCGAGGAGCUGGCGCCGUCCGUGCAACCGGCGCUGCCGGCGUCGGGGUCCAAGCCCCCUCCGCCCCCGGGAUCCCCGCCCCCGGCCGCGCAGCCGCCGCUGCCGGCCCUGAUGGGGGCGCAGCCGCCGCCGCCAGCGCAGCCGCCGCCGCCUGCCUCCCCGCCGCCCGCGGCAGGCAAGGGGCCCGAGACCAGCGCGGCGGAGCCCUCGUUCUUCGACGCCUUCCUGGCGGGGGCCGCCACACCGCGCGGGCCUCCGGAAUUUCUGCGCCGCGCCUUUGACAGGCGGACACCCCUCCUUCGCAGAGGGGUCUUCACUGGGUGA